AUGACAUACGCUGGCCACCUGGUUGAAUGCCAGCCUUUUUCCCAUAAUAAGAGAAACUAAAGGCACAUGAUAAGCCUUAUGCUUGUAACGACAAUCCCAAAGGACUGCUCGUUCAAAGUAAAAAAAAAAAAAAAACAUAUUGCAGCAAUUCUCUAAUAGUGAAGAAAAUCAUCAGUUGCAGAGGUGAGGGUUGGAGCUCUCCCCUACAGUCUAAACUGUGGUUCAAAAGGGCAGAAGCAAAUUAGAGCACAACUGACUUGGGAAUGUCCCUUUCAAAGAUGGAAAAGGGUCCAAGUUUAAAUAGAGAUAUAAUCAGUGAUAUGCCUCCAAACAUAAUAGAAAACAUCCUUUCUCAUUUGCCAAUAAAGGAAGCUGUGCAAACAUGUAUCUUAUCAAAGAAGUGGAGAUACAAUUGGGUUACUCUUCCAGAACUUAUAUUCAAUUUUUCCCUUGGACAUGCUGCUUUGAUAAGCCAAGAUAAGAUUGAAAGAUUUAUUGAUGGUGUUCUCUCACUUUAUAGAGGUCCAAUCUACAAGUUUCAGCUCUCUUCUUGGCCUUGUAUUCAAGAUUCCUCAGUUAUAGAUAAGUGGAUAUUAUGGGUAUCAAGAAAUGAUAUACAAGAAUUAAUCCUUUAUCACCCCAUGUUUGACAAUUAUGAGUUACCAUUAUGUAUCUACUCUUGUGAACAUCUGAAUCAUUUGGAACUCAGUUAUUGCACGCUUCGACGCCCGCCGAUGUUUUCGAGUUUUCAGUCCCUCAGGAGCCUUUUACUUGAACAAGUUGAUUGUGUUGGCUUCACAUUUGAGAAUCUGAUUUCAAGGUGCCCAUUACUUGAGAGAUUGAAGAUAGAAGGACUUACAAGUUCCAGUGACAUUAUAAUCUAUGGUCCUAAACUGAAGGAGUUAGUCAUCAAUGGGUUUUGCAAUGUUUCACAAAAUAUAUGCUUCAAGAACACCCCAGUUCUUGCAUGUGUGUCACUGAAUUUGCAUUGUUAUGAUUUCAGUCCAAAAAAUUUGAAUCAUGAUGAAAUGGGGAAAACUUUAAGCGUAGUCAAGGUUUUUGGAUGUCUUGUUGCUGUUGAGAAGCUUGAUGUGGGUGGGAAUUUUCUAAAAUUCUUGGGAGUGGAUUAUGUACCAAAGAGGCUUCCAAAUAUCUUUUAUCGUCUGAAGAGAUUGGAUCUGAAAAUCUGCUUAAAUGAUUUGCAAAUGGUCUCAAUGGCAAUCUGCUUGAUUAGAAGCGCCCCGAACUUGCAAGAACUCUUGAUGAAUGUUUUUCCCCAUACAUACAAUAUUACAAAUCAUGCAAAGGAAUUUUCACAAGUACAAGAUGGAUCAGAGUGCUCAUUAAACCAGCUUCAAAAUGUGAAGAUCAAGUAUUUUUCAGGUCUAGGAACUCAAAUAGAAUUUAUUAAAUUCCUACUCAUUAUCACACCUGCUCUCGAGAAGAUGAGUAUUCAUGGCCUCGAAGAAAUUUCUGCUGGAGACCAUCCCAUGCAUGGGUCAAGGAUUUUGGAGAAAUUGAUGCAAUUACCUAGAGUAUCCAUGAAAGCAAAAAUUGAAUACUUUGAGCAAUGAAUGGUGGAACUUGGAAACUGAAGAGGGAAUGGUAGUUAUUAUUGAUUGGAGUGCUUGAUUCCAAAGUUGGGGUAAACCCCAAAUCCAUAUGAUCACAUUGAA